GCUCACAGGAUGAGCAUCUGGUGCACAGGUUACCGUGCAGCCUUAAUAACACCUUUGGUCUGGUUGGUUCAUACGGUCCUGUGGUCGUCUCAACUUUUCAACCCAACAGCAACAACAACGUGGGUCUUGCUGGAAGAAUUACAAAAAUGGAAGAGGUCGAAAAAGAUUUUAAUGCCUAUAUUGGCACAGAGACAGGAAUAUUGAAAGGUGUCAAUCUAAAUCAGAAUGCUGUUAUUCACAAGAAUUUCCAUAAAAUUAAGGCUUUAGAACGUGACCAAGAGAUCACAUCCAUGGCAUGGGGAAACGAGGAUCAAACAGAGAUUUUGAUGGGCCUACGAAAUCAAACUAUACGAACUUUUGAUACAACGGUGAAGGCAUUUGUAUCUCUCCGUAAAAUUAGUGUAGGCGAGGGACCUAUUGUGUCUCUAGCAAGAUAUGAUGGCGUUACCAUAACUGCUGUCAAGUCAGGUCAAGUGACACUCUGGCGUGGGGAAAGCCCAGUUGAGAUAAAUGCGCUAACAAGUGGAGAAUUCUUGACGCGUAUGAGGCAGGACCCAGCAUCACCAAAUAUGAUAGCUACCGGAGGAAAGGAAAAUGAGCUUCAGGUGUGGGAUUUGGAGCAUCCAGCAGAACCUAUAUUUCAAGCCAAAAAUGUGAAACCAGAUAUGCUUCAGCUGCGGGUCCCUGUUUGGGUGUCUGACAUUGCAUUUCUGGAGGAGAAGCACUGUGUGGCAGUCUCUUCUAGAUAUAAGCAU